AUGAGUUGCUCUGCCAAAACGGCAGUGCAAGUUUCUCUUGUCACGUCUACCACUCUGCUGGCCUUCUGUCUCGCGGCAAUCGUUUUCACGGCUUCGGAAAUCAGCGACAUGUUUCAGAAGACUGACGAUGAUCUCAAAGAGUGGAAGGUCGGGUAUUUGACACUUUGUCGAAAUAAUUUCAUUUUGAAGUCAAGUUUCUCUGUUUUAUAUUCUAACUCUAUGUGCGGAUGAUAACAGUUUUUAAUUUAUUAUUCAAGCUGUUGCAAGAAAUUUACAAGAUGAGCUGUCCUGCUUGAAAAUGUUUUUAGUGUUUUUGAAGCCGGCUGUUUUUCAAUAUCUCGGAAGUUUAGCAUUACGCGGACAACGCCUGGAAAGACAUGACAGAGAUCACUUUGAGACGGUCGCGGAGGUCCGUCCGCAGAUUCGUGAAGCGACAUGAGGACUACGCUUAUGCAAAGUGCGCCUUCAGAUGUCCUUCUUAUUUUUAAAUCAUUUCCAGUGAUUUCGAACCCCAGCAACAGCAGUCAGGCUACUACGCACGCGACUCGUACGCCGUCUCAAGCCAGUGCAGUAAGUCUUUCCCGGUAUUCAACACUUUAACUCCACCGCUCUCAGACUGCGCAGCUCAAGCUCAAAACUGUCCGCCUGGACUUCCUGGCGUCCCUGGUCUACGAGGAACGGACGGAGGUGACUCACUGGAACUUCCGAAAACUUUUUUUUUUUUGCAGAACCCGGGUACCCAGGUCAAGACGGCGCUCCCGGAGCGAACGGCGUCGCUUUGAACGCCUACGAACAAGCUCAGCCAGGAUGUAUAGUUUGUCCUGAAGGACCGCCCGGAUUGCCAGGAAAGAACGGACAGGCUGGAGAGAGAGUUCGUGUGUGAGGGGAACUAUCGUCAAGGUCAGAUUCAGGGAACACCAGGAUUACCUGGCGCACCGGGAUAUUCGCCGCCUCCAGGACGCCCAGGUCCUCAAGGUUCGUGUGGAGAUCGAGGCCAACCAGGUACGUCUUAUUGAUUUUAUUUGUAACUAGUGGCUUAGAAAUUUUACGAGCAAGUAUUUUGAAAAAUGAAUGACUACGAAGAACAAAAGUUACUUCAACAAGUUCUAAAUAUUCAAAAAUUUGCUAUGCUUGUUAACUUUUCAAAUGUUACAAAAAUUUCGCAUUUUGAACAACUUAUUUUUUUACCAAAGUACUUUAUUAACUUUGAUGAAAUGAAAAUUUUAAGGAAAGCCUGGAAUACCAGGAAGACCAGGGGAAGCCGGUCGCGAUGCGACUUGUCAAAUCGGGUUUCCUGGUCCCAAAGGUCAGCCAGGAGGCCCAGGCCCUGUCGGAGCGCCAGGCCCUACCGGAUAUUGUCCUCCGCCAGGUCUCCCUGGAACUCCUGGACCUGUCGGACCCAGCGGACAUGACGGCCUUCCAGGCAAGCCUGGAUCUGUCGGAUAUGUGAGUUUUCAAUACACUAUCAAUUUUGAAUGAGAUUGACAGCCUGGUCCUCGUGGAAAUCCUGGUCAGGAUGCCGAGUAUUGUCCAUGUCCUCCCAAAAAUCGCGCCGUCGUGAACAAAUACGAGACUUAUCCUUCGGCGUCAUCUCGUGUCGGUUAGUCGAUCCUCCAAUCAGUUUCCAAAAUCUUCGUCCAGCUUCUUAUGAUCCGGCUCCGUCGUCGUUUGUCGAGAGCAAUUAUCCAGCCAAUGAGGAAAAGGAAGGCGACUACCGAAGAAGGUUGGCUGCUGUAGAUCUCUCUCGAUUUCUUUAUUCUUCAGACUCCUCGCGAAAGUUUUGAGGAAGCAGAAGCGACUAGUCUUGGCCAACAGGGCAAGGACCGUCCGUCGGAAGGCCGUGAAUCCAAAACUCAAGGCCGCGGACACGACAUCCGGCUAA